ACCUUCUUCCCUCUUUUCCCUACGGCAUCUGCUAGAAAUAUGUUCUUCCCUGGGGGCGGAUUCCAAAUGGAAAAAACAGAACUAAUCAAUCCUACCGUUCUGAAAGCAACAUUCUCUAUAGCCUUUUCAUUGGUUGGUUGUUUUCUUUACCAAAGAUCGAAAAGAAAUGUCUUCCCCUCUUCAUCAUCGUCCUCUUCUUCGUCUUCUCCAUCAUCACCAUUACCAUCCUUGUCCCCGUCCUCGUCUGAUGGAUCAACAGAAGAGAACUAUAUCACAAGCAGUGAAUACAAUGAAAGCGACUCGAGUCACGAGAGCGACCCUCAAGAGGCAUUGCUUGAGCGUGUCAGUUGUCUGUUCUUGAAGGUUGAGGCCAUGGAAGCAGACCAUCUUCGCCGGUUGGAAUCUCUGGUCGGUAAUUGUCCAACUGUUGAGGAGCUCAGCGAAGCCAGAGCCAGGAUCAUGGUGCUUGAGCACGUAAUCAGAAGCCGCUCGAAGAAGAAAGAGCGACUGCCUAGACUUCGCCCGCGGGCUGUCAUCCUGCAGUCAAGAGUGGCAGUUAAGUCGCGGAAUGAAAGAGAGAUGAGGAGGAAGUUCUCUGAGAUCAGAGAGUUAAAAGAUGAGGUUGCGGAACUCAGACUCACAAAUGUAAAGUUGCAGGGCGAGAAGGCUGAAUUAGUGAAGAAGCUUAGCACACUAGAGAGCUUAACUUCCUCCAUGGCUCAGAGGCACCUGGAAGCAGAGACGGCGAUGGAGAAAUAUGCAAAGAGGCUAAGGAUCACAAAUGAGAACUUAUUAAAGCAAAUAGAGCAGCUACAAAUGGUUCAUUCUCCAGAUAUUGGCGAAGUGAUCUACCUGAGGUGGAGUAAUGCAUGCUUAAGGUAUGAACUAAUAAGGAAGCAAGAGGAGGAGAAGAAGAGGAUGUGGGAAAUUGAAGAGAAGGAAAAGGAGGGAACUGUGGAAUACGAAGAGGCUGAUGACAAGAGCACUAGUGUAGACAUCGGGGACGAUUCAAGCACUGUGGAGAUGGGCGACAUCCCACUUCAUGUUGAGCCAAAAAGCCAACCCAACAUCACAAAGAGGAAGUUCUGCCACAAGCUCAAGAGGUGGGCCAAGGGCAGUGGUAAUAGAUUUCACACCUAACCAGUGAAUAUUGUAUAUGCAGAUGUCCACAAAACUGAAAAAUUGUAAUUUGCAAUUAGUUUAAUGUACUGACUCGUGCGAGCUGCAUGCACAUAUAUAUAUAUAUAUAUAUAUAUAUAUAUA